GCAACUUGUUAAUCGGGGGGAUUUAUUUUUUGGGAUCACCUGCCUGUCUGUAUGGUUCUUGUUGCCUCUCUAGAGUCGCAGGAUAUAUUCGAAAAUAUAACCUGCAACCGUGGUCUUAUUUAAUUUGAUCGGUUGAGUGAAGAUCAAUUAGAAGUUUGCCAGCGCAAAAAGGCUGUACCGCUACAUCUUUCAGUGCCCCUCCUUCAUUUUAGGAGCCACGCGCCCGCAAUGUCUACAUUCGGGGAAUAUUUCAGAGUGACCACCUAUGGCGAGUCCCAUUGCCGGUCCGUUGGCUGCAUUGUGGAUGGCUGCCCUCCGGGAAUGGCCCUCACCGAGGACGACAUUCAACCACAAAUGACACGUAGACGGCCUGGUCAAAGUGCUCUCACCACGCCCCGGAACGAAAAGGAUAGGGUUGAGAUACAAUCUGGGACGGAAUUUGGCAUCACUCUGGGUACGCCAAUCGGCAUGGUUGUGCGGAAUGAGGAUCAGAGACCUAAGGACUACGGUGGAAGCACAAUGGAUCUCUAUCCUCGUCCAAGCCAUGCAGAUUUUACGUAUCUGGAGAAAUACGGUGUCAAAGCGAGUAGUGGCGGUGGUAGAAGUAGCGCUCGUGAAACUAUAGGUCGUGUUGCGGCUGGAGCUAUUGCGGAAAAGUAUCUUAAGCUAUCGCACAACAUUGAGAUUGUUUCUUUUGUUUCAUCCGUGGGGAACGAACACCUCUUUCCCCCGACUGUGGGACACCCUAACCCUACAACAAACCCUGACUUCUUAAAACUGAUCGCGACCAUCGAUCGGCCAACUGUCGACUCUUUUGCUCCCAUCAGGUGUCCUGAAACAGCCGCAGCGGCGCGCAUGACCAAGGUCAUCGAACACUUCCGGGAUCAUAACGAUAGCAUAGGCGGAACCGUUACCUGUGUUAUCAGAAAUGUUCCCGUCGGCCUUGGAGAGCCAUGCUUCGAUAAACUCGAAGCCAAACUGGCCCACGCGAUGCUCUCUAUCCCAGCAACAAAGGGCUUCGAGAUCGGGUCCGGAUUCCUCGGUUGUGAAAUUCCAGGCUCCAUCCAUAAUGACCCAUUCAUCACUACCGAUGACCAGAACAGCCAGACCCCCGGUUCAAAGCGACUAACCACCAAAACUAACAAUUCCGGUGGCAUACAGGGAGGUAUUUCAAACGGAGCAUCAAUAUACUUCCGCGUGGCAUUCAAGCCACCCGCCACAAUUGGCCAGGCUCAAACGACGACCAAGUAUGAUUUCGAAGAGGGUGUUCUUGAAGCUAAAGGCCGCCAUGACCCUUGUGUCGUCCCCCGAGCAGUCCCUAUCGUGGAAGCUAUGUCUGCUUUGGUUAUUAUCGAUGCGCUAAUGGCUCAAAACGCCCGGGAAGCAGCUAAAAAUCUGCUGCCACCCCUUCCUCAAACCAUGCCUACCCAUCCCACUAGUCAAAGAUAAUUUAUUUCCGCAUGUAAUCUGUUCUUGGUAUUUAUGUUAGCGCAAUUGGAAAAAAAGAGACAAAAUUUUUCUUAAAUUAUCUUUACAUGAGCAUGAGCCGGGCGAACUUAGACAAUCAUAUUCCAUAGAACUUGAAAAUGUUAGCCAUAUCUGUCCGCAAAGGCGGUCUGCGUCACCAGUUUAUAUGUUUUUUUCGGGUUCAUCAUGGAGAACCAUGUGUCAAAUUAUUAUAUAUAUAUAUAUAUACUUUCGCCUUCUCCCAGAAGUUAGGGAGACCAUCUCAUAUGCAUUUCCGAGGCAAGGAAACUACUUCAAGGUUGAGCAUUAUCCUUUUCCAUCCUAAUAGUAUUCAUUGAAACAGGAACAAGGUGAGGCUGUAUGUCUCUAUACUCUGAUAUUCAUGAAUAAAUAACAGGAAAAAAUACAGGAUAUACACAUAUAUCAGGAAAAAUUUGUGCAAAAAAGAAGCGGAAAUGUUCACCCUAUAACCCAACGGAAUAAUACCCCAGUAACCCGCAAAGAAAAGAUAGGGGGAACAAACAGAAUGCAACGUAAAGCCAAUGCAGAAUAUUUCAAACGCUAGCGUAUUCUCGUCAUCCGCUCUCGAAAUGUGAGAGUUUGGACAAAGGGGGGAAGGGAGAUCUGUGCUUCAUGAGGAUUUACAAAACAAAGUUAUUUCUGCGGUAUGGAAAUCUCUUAACGUCUAUAACGGUGAAGAUAAAAUGAAAAGAAAAAGAAAAAGAAAAAGAAAAAGAGGUAGAAAAAGAGGUAGAAAAUGGUGAAAAGAAGAGGUUAGGAGGUCGGAGAUUCAUAAAAGCAGGUUUACCACCAAAGCAACAGGGCACAAAACAGAGAGCUGCGCAUAAAGAUUAUAAGACAAGAAAAUAAACACUUCAAACCCGACGCGACCGCAAUGCAUACCUCGUCGCCCGCGGUUGCGCCCGCACUUGUGCCUGCACCCGCGCCUGC